AUGGCUUUCUCCAAAACUGUUUAUUCAUUUGAAGUGAAAGAAGACACAGCACCAGGAACAGUGGUGGGAAAGGUGGAAACAGUGUUUCAGGGUCUCACGCAUAUCACAUACUCAGUGCAGGAGGAUGACGGAGAGAACCUUUUCCUCCUCAGUCCCCUCUCAGGGGAGUUCCUUUUGUCCCGCAGUCUGGACUAUGAGGCAAAGAGUUUUUACAUACUCACCGUGGCUGUGCAGCAGGGGGACUCUCAGGUUCCCAGUGUCAGGGUGUACUUCAGUGUGUUGGAUGUGAACGACAACCCCCCUCUUUUCAGUCAGGAGACUUUUUCUGCGUCUUUGCUGGAGGACGCCAGAGUCGGCGCUUGCUUUCUGUCCUUAGAGGUGUCAGAUAAAGAUGAUGGUGAAAAUGGGGAGCUAAAACUGAGAGUGGUUGAUGGAGAUGAAGAGGAUGUGUUCUUCAUAAACUCUGCUGGGAGUUUAUGCCUGAGAACAGAGUUAGACAGGGAGAGACAGUCCUCCUACAACCUGACUGUUACAGCCAAUGACUGUGUCCAGCCAGUGUCUUCACAGCUCACCAGCUCAGCCCGUGUUGUUGUGUUGGUCGAUGAUAUCAACGACAAUGCUCCACUGUUUGUGUCAGCCAAAAUGUUCAAUAUACCAGAGGAUACUGCUCUUCAUUCUCUUGUGAUAACUGUACAUGCUGAGGAUAAAGACAUUGAAUCCAAUGGGGAAGUGUUGUAUUAUUUAAACAACACUUCAGGAGGCUUGUUUAGAAUUGAUAAUAGAAGUGGUAAAAUCUACCUGGAGGGAGAAUUAGACAGAGAACAGGUAGAUACUCUGACUAUCACUGUUAUAGCCACAGACAAAGGCUCACCGGGGAUGGAAACCACUAUGAAUCUUACAGUGCACAUUGAGGAUGUAAAUGACAAUGACCCUGAGUUCUUACAGAGCACCUACAGUGUUACAGUCAGAGAGGAUAUCCGCAGAGGAACAAGCCUGUUUCAAGUUGUUGCUCUUGAUCGGGAUAUUGGGAAAAAUAGGCAAGUGCGAUAUAGACUAACCCAGACAAGUCCUUUUGUGGUGGACUCAGUUCGAGGUGUUGUCAUGGUCAUGGAUAAACUAGACAGAGAGAUUCAAUCGAACUACAACUUAAUUAUAACAGUUGUAGAUCUGGGGAGUAAACCCAGAUCUGCUACUGCUGCUAUCAGUGUCACAGUGUUGGAUGUCAACGACUUUGUGCCCCGCUUUACUCCAGAAACAUUGACCAUAAAUGUUCUGGAAAAUGAAGAGGACCCUUCACAACUAAUUCACCAGGUCUCAGCUGCAGAUGAGGAUUUGGGUGUAAACAGCCAGUUAACAUACUUCAUACCGACAGGGAAUAGUGAUGGUUUGUUCUCCAUCACUCCCAGUGGCGCAUUUAAAAUUCUACAAAGUCUGGACAGAGAGAUGGAGCCAUUGUACCAAGUUACCAUCAUGGCUGUAGAUUCAGGAUCGCCACCUCUAACAGGAACACUAACCAUACAUAUCAUAGUGGAUGAUAUAAAUGAUAAUCGACCAGAGUUUACUGAAGAGAUCUACAACACCAUAGUCUCUGAGGACAGUCCUACAGGUACUGUGUUUGCUAUGAUUACAGCAUCGGACAUUGAUGAGGAUAUCAAUGGAGACAUAAGGUAUUCCCUGGAGAAUCUUGAUGUGCCAUUUGCCAUUGAUGAAACAUCUGGAGAGCUGUUUACAACCAAUGUCCUGGACAGAGAGACAGUUUCCAUUUACAGAUUGGUGGUUGUUGGCAGUGAUAAGCAUCCUACUGAACCUCUGUCAAGCUCGGUGCUAGUUACUGUGCUCAUUGGAGAUGUUAAUGACCACUGGCCCCAGUUCAUGAACAGCCCCUAUGUAGCCUAUGUGCCAACUGAGAUGGCUCCAGGUUCAGUUGUUUGUGCCGUAAAAGCAACAGAUGGAGAUACUGAUAUGAACGCAGAGCUGCAUUAUUCAUUAUAUGGACAAAGUUCAGAUCUGUUUUCCAUCUAUCCAUAUAGUGGGACUGUGUUUACUUCCAAUUCACUCCAGAGAACAGAAGAUAUCAUUGUCAAUGUGCAUGUGGAAGAUGCUGGAGAAAAUCCAAAAUUUGAUAUCACCACUAUCAGCAUCAGAUUUCAGAACAUCUCAGAGUUUCCAGAAAUGAAAGUGGAUAUUCUGAGUUAUACUCUCUCAGAGGAUGAGCCAGUGGGAACACUAGUGGCAGUAGUGUCUGCAGCAAGCACCAGAGCUAACCCAGUCUCUUUCUAUCUUGCUUCGGGAAACUUUGAAGACGUGUUUCAUGUGGAACAUUUAAGUGGAGCGUUGACAGUAGAGAACCCAUUGGAUUAUGAGAGCCAGAAGGAGUUUACUUUAUUGAUAGAAGCAAGAGAUUCUGGCUCGGCACCUUUUUCAUCAUUUGAGGAAAUUCACAUAAACAUCAGUGAUGUCAAUGAUAACUUCCCUCAGUUCACCCAGGCUGAGUACAGAUGUGAGGUGUUUGAGAACUCCCCGCCAACCGAGGUUUGUGAUGUUCUUGCUCUGGAUGCUGAUUCAGGCAUUUAUGGCACAGUGCAGUACAACAUUACAGAAGUGGUAUCAGAAGAUGCCCCUGUCGGACACACAAUUAUUCAAGUAACCUCCACUGAUGAAGACAAUGGUGCCAAUGCCUUAAUUAGCUACUCCAUAAUUGGCCAAAGUGAUGAUGUUCCAUUUAAUAUUGACUUAACCCAUGGCUACAUCACUGUGAAAAGACCUCUUGACAGGGAAACUCAGGAUCACUAUAUCUUGAGAGAUAAGGAAGUGUUUGUCAUGCAGGUCCUUGCUCAAGAUGCAGACCUGGGGCAAAACAGUGAGCUUUUGUAUGUCAUUGAGCCUCCAAGUGAGAAGUUUUGGCAUCUGAUUGCUGUCCCAUAUGACUUGGUUGUUGGUACUGAGGUUGUCCAGUUUACAGCAAUAGAUCAGGAUGGCCAUAACAACAGCGGUGGCAUUGAAUAUGUCUUGAAUGGAGGUAAUGCAUCUGAUUUCUUCUUGAUCCAUGCUGACAAUGGAAAACUGAUGUUAAAACAAAGUAUAGCUGCAAGUGUGAAUUCAUUUUUUACUUUAGUAGUUAUGGCAAAAGAUCAGGGCUUUCCCUCUUUAUCAUCACAGAUUGAAAUAUCUUUACAAGUUACAGAUAUAAAUAAGUUUUCUCCAAGCUUUAGAGAGCCAUAUGUCACAUUUUCUAUCCCUGAGAACUUGUCUGUAGGAUCAGUAAUUGGAAAAAUUCAAGCAGAAGAUAGGGAUUAUGGUUCCAAUGGUGCCAUAAUGUAUGGCAUUACCCAAGAAAAUCUUUAUUUACCAUUCUCUAUAGGAGAAACCUCUGGGCUGCUAACCCUGAUCAGAGAGCUUGACUUUGAAAAAGAAGGUGUUUAUUAUCUCCAGAUAAAAGCCAUGGAUGGUGGCUGGGUCUCUAAAACUGGCAUGGUAAAUGUUACAGUGGUAGUUAUGGAUGUGAAUGACAAUCCCCCAGUAUUUUCAUCCUCAGAGUACAUCAUUUCACUGCCUGAAAACUCAGAUAUUGGCUCCAAUAUCUUUGAUAUAAAGGCUGCUGAUGCUGAUUCAGGUGUAAAUGCGCAAAUAGUUUACUCUUUAAUUGCUGGCCAUGUGGAUAAGUUCACAAUUGAUUCAAGAAAUGGUACAAUAACCACUUUGGUUGUAUUUGAUUAUGAGCAAGAGCAGAACUUUGAUUUAACAAUCAAGGCUACAAACAUUGGUGGCCCUACUUUAUUUAGUUUGUCAUAUUUUGUCAUUCAAAUCUCAGAUGUCAAUGAGUUCAAACCUAUUUUCAGUAAGAAAGAAUUUACCUUUUCUGUUUUUAAAAAUGUGCCUGCCGGGACUGUGAUUGGGAAAAUAACAGCUACUGAUGAUGACCAAGGCCCAGAAGGGCAAGUGUUCUACCUGAUGUUCGGUCAAAAUAAAUAUAUGGGCUUUGAAAUCAACAAAAUCUCUGGAGAAAUAUUCACUACUCGCAGUUUGAGGAGUCAGGGCAACAGUCAUAUAGAUUUUAAAGUUCUGGCGAAGAACCCUGGUGUUAUCACUGGCACAAAUGUAGACGAGACUUUGGUCCGAGUCACUGUGAUUGACACCAACGAAGCGCCUGUGUUCACUUCUGUUCUUUAUGUGGCGAAUAUGUCAGAAGACAGUCCCAUUGGGACUUCUGUGAUAACUGUGAGCGCUCUGGAUGAGGAUUCCAUUUUGGACUGGAAUCGUUUCUUCUUUAAUAUUGAAAAUGGGAACACAAACUCCUCGUUUGCCGUUAAUCCAUCAAGUGGUGUCGUUUCAAUCAUCUCUCUACUUGACAGAGAGCUCUGGUCAUAUUAUAAUCUGACUCUAACAGCCACUGAUAACGGCUCUCCUCCAGCCACCGGGACUACUAAUGUCAUUAUAAAUAUUAAUGACGUAAAUGACAAUGCUCCCAAACUCACAUUCAAUGAGGCUCAUGUGAAAGAAAAUCAGCCUCAAGGCACUGUUGUUGCCAGAUUAAAUGCAUCUGACUCUGACUUGGUGCCAAACCAAGGACCGUUCACUUACUUGUUGGUUAAUCCUUCAACUGAUAGUGCUUUUUCACUCACUUCUGAUGGAGUUCUAGUCACGACACGGACUUUUGAUCGGGAACAAAUCUCAUUGUAUCAAGUCUUAGUGGCAGUUAUGGAUUCAGGGAUCCCUCAGCAGUCAUCAACAGAAAUGUUCCACAUCAAGAUCCUUGAUGAAAACGAUAAUCCUUCAAUGCCAAGAAAUAUCUUCAUUGAGGUCAAAUAUUUUGGCAGUUCAUUCCAAGGAGGCAUGAUUGGUAAUGUCCAUCCUGAGGAUCAGGAUGAGUCUGAUACAUUCAACUGUGCCAUCAAAAGUGGAUCACAUAAUAUGUUUACGAUAACUAAUGGUACAUGUGAGUUGUGGUCAUCUUCUUUUCAAGGAGAGGCUACUUUUAACAUCACAGUUGAAGCUACCGACCAGCUUCACUUCCCAGUCAACAACAGUAUCUACGUAAACUACAAAGGAUUUACGAAUGCCUCUAUAGACAGCUGUAUAUUAUUCUAUGUGUCAACAUCAUCACUGGAAGAGUUUGUGUCCAAUAACUAUUUGCGAUUUGUGAAAGCUCUGGACAGUCUUUUCAACCUGCAGGCCUCUAAGACUCAUGUGUUUGGAAUAAAACAAAUUGGUGGCGAAAUCCUUUUAUUGGCUGCGGUUAAAAACUACAACGGUCGAUAUCUUAGUAAAGAAGUAGCCAGUGGUAUCUCCACAGGACAUAAGAGGUUACUGGAGGUGCAGAGUAAUGUGACAAUAUCUCACAUCACCAGUGAUCCAUGUCUCAACAGACCAUGUCAAAAUAGAGCAAAAUGCAACAAAAACAUCUACAUCAGCCAGGAAGUUGCUGUUCUGGAAAGCGAGGCUGUCAUCUUUGUGUCACCGCAAAAGGAGGUAUUUAAUUGCACCUGCCCAGUAGGCUUCACUGGGACACUAUGUGAGAAUGACAUCGAUGAAUGUGAGGUGAAUCCCUGUGAGAACAACGGCACAUGUGUGAAUACUGCAGGAAGUUUCUACUGUCACUGUCAGGGUGGUUUCUCUGGCUCUGUCUGCUCUGCUGAUGUAGACGAAUGCCUGAGGGUGAAGUGCCAAAACGGAGCCACCUGUAGUCCCACUCAGGAUGGAUAUCAGUGUAAAUGUGUGCCAGGGCUUGAAGGUGAAAUGUGUGAGCACUUCAUCGACCAUUGCAGAUCAACCCCAUGUGUUCAGGGCAACUGUACCAAUACACAGACUGGAUUCUCCUGCCACUGUCCUUUUGGAGUCAGUGGAGACACCUGUGAGGAGCACAGUUAUGGCUUUGAGGAACUGUCCUUCAUGGCGUUUCCCCCAUUGGAUCGUAGGAUUAAUUUAAUCUCUCUAGACUUUGCAACGAUGCAGAGGGACUCGCUACUCCUGUACAACCCCGGAGGAUCAUCAUCAAGCAGGGAGUUCUUCGCACUGGAGAUCCUGGAUGGGUCCAUACGCCUCUCGUAUGACCUCGGCUCAGGACCUGUGAGGCUGCACACAAAUAAGCAAGUGGCAGAUGGAUAUUUUCACAGUGUCACUGUCAGGAGGAUUGGCAGUAUGGGUUCUGUAAAUGUGGACAACUGCACUGACACUGAGAACAUGGGAUUUUGUUUUUCACAGAGUGAUGGCAGCAGCCUGGAGAGGACUCUAGAUGUUGGCAGUAAUAUGACAUUUGGAGGAUUGAGGACUGCUGAAUCUAUGUUACUGCAUCCUGCCCAGAUAAAGACCCAUGACUUUGUUGGGUGUAUUCGUAACAUUCAUGUGAACGGCAUCCUGCUAAGACCUUCAAUGGCCCUUUCAACAUAUAAUAUCCUUGAUAGGUGUCCUCGGGCAUCACCAUCACCGUGUCAUAGCAACCCUUGUAAGAACGGUGGCACCUGCCAUGACCUUUGGUCUGACUUUCUUUGUGAGUGCAAAAGCCCUUUUACUGGAAGCAACUGUGCCACAGAAAUGUCAGAGGAGCUUGUUUUGCGAUUUAGUGGGAUUGACUACAUUCAGUAUGUGAUCAAGGAGAGAUUCAAAAGAGACUACCUGCUGAAAAAACUCCAAGAUACUGAUGAUAAAGAAGACACCAGGAACCAAAAUGUGUUUAACAUCAAGUUCAAGACUCAAGAUGAUGGAGUGUUAAUAUUUAUUGUUCAUCAGACAGGAUUCGUUCUGCUAAAGAUAAAAGACAGAAAGCCUGUGUACAUUUCUAAAGACACAUCGUCUGGACACCUGUCAGAGUUCAUGGUGGACUCUCCUGUGGCUGACGGGGUUUGGCGUGUCCUCUCUUUGUUCAGAAAUGGACAAAAGAUCUUCCUGCUCUUGGAUGGUAUUCAAGUUUUAAACAUCACUGAUCAAAGAAUGGAGCUCACUCCUGUUACUGUGGAGAAGAUUGUACUUGGUGCAACCCUGACAGGUGACUCGACUCUCAAACUGUCAGGGUUGAUUGGCUGUGUGCAGUAUUUCAACAUGAAUGGUCACUCCCUGCCUGUCAGUGGACACAGUAUGAUGGUGGAUGUCUGGCCGAGCCCGUCUCUUCUCCAGUCUAACUGCAGCUCAUCGGGUGUCUGCCACCCGUCGCCCUGCUCUGACGAGGACACAGCCAGGAGCAGUUGUCUGACGGCGCACUGCAAAAACAGGCGGAGGUGCAGACCAGAUGUGCAGAACAGGUCCUGCGUCUGUUUUCAUAAUGUUUCUAACCCCACCUGUGAUGUCUGCAUCUCUACAGCAGAGAGUCUUCGUGGAUGCUCAGAGGCUCAGGGCAGCGCGCCCCUGUGGCUCAUAGCUGUGAUUCUUCCUCUUAUCUCCAUCCUUGUGAUUAUAGGAAUGUUUACUGUUCAGUAUAAAGCGAGGCGGCAAAAUGCAAAAUGUACUCGUGCUAGUACGCAGCAGAAAAGAGAGCAAGGAGCAGACAACGCAGCCUUUUGCUUCAAUGACAACAGAAGUGCACACACAGGACAAGAGAAUAGCCAUGACCCGAUGAGUGCAGAUCAGCAAAAACUAGGUGCUGCAGAGUUUUACUGUGAAGCCAGUUCGUCAAGUGUUCAGUCGCUGCCACAUAGUGAGCCAGAGUAUUAUGAGAUUGGUAGCAUCUCUAGUGCAAGUCCUUCAAAAACUGCUUCACUUAAACUCAACUUUCAUGAGCAUUUAGACCGUAAAGAAGGUUUGACAAAUGAACCUAAACAUGGGGGAGAUUUGAGGAUGCUGUUAGCAGGAUUUAACAAUGAACACUCCCAUGAGGUUUGGGCAAAAAAGGCUACAAAGCAUCAAAAUGUGUCUUCCCUAAACAGGCAGAUGUUGGUUAAGAUUGAUACAGAGAAUUCCCAGCAUACAUCACAUUGUAACAAGAGUUUUAUACAGCCAGAGUUCCUGGAGCCUGCACAAUGCCUCACAUUGGAAGAAAUCAGUAAUCUGAACAAUCCACUGGCGCAGAGAAUUGUACAUCAAGCAUCUCCGAGAUCCAGCAUGAUGAUGGAGGUUUCAUCUGAAAGUGACACGGACAGCACAUUCACCGGUGCAGAGUUUGACUGUGGACUGUUUUCUGUCUUCAGCGACAGGAAAUUCACACAUGAUCAGUCAUCUCUGACAACGCACAGCUUCAGGAAACAAGGCCCCUCUCAGCCUAACACUGAGAGCAUUCCCUACACUAAGUUUGAGCAAUGGGGCAAUAUUUUAAAUUUACACUUACCUUUUCACAGCUAUGCUCCUGUAUUUGAGGAUAUUGCACGUCUACCCACUGAGCACAGUCAUAGCUAUGAUAUACAAAGUGACAUAGAGGAAAUUAUCUGACAUUAAUCAUCUUUUUAAACUUGUAGCUAUGGUUGGAAAACAUGUUUGCAGUCUGUUACUUGCCCAUUGAGAUGAUUUUGAUCUGUCCAAACUUAUUAAAAUGUUAAUCACAUUUUCUGGGUUUCAUGUUUACUCUUGCUGGUUUUCUUCAAAGACUUAACUGACUAUCGUUGUUGUUUUUAUCAAAAUUUUAGAUCUUCCGAGAAAAUGCUCAAGUUAAAUGGUGAACUUUAUCAGUCAGUAAGAUCAAGGGGAAUGUCAGCUUUCAACAUUUGCAUUGUUUUUUACAGCUUGCAAAUAUUUGUGCGGUUCAUAACAGUCUCAGAAUCCGUAGAUCAAAGUUAAACUCAAAUAGCCACAAGCAGAUAUGAUUGAAUUCAAAUUAAAAAAUAUGAAACUCAGGGAAAUUACUUGUUUUGGAAUAAAGGCAAACAUUGUUUUUAAAUUGUCUUACAUGGCAACUUUUUUUUCCCUAUUAU